AUGCUGCGUAUCGCAAACGACGCACUCACUUUCGACGACGUCCUGCUCCUGCCUGCCUACUCUCAAGUUCUACCCUCAGAGGUUUCUCUGCAGACGCGUUUGACGCGCGAUAUCACUUUGAAUAUUCCUUUGCUGUCCUCAGCAAUGGAUACGGUGACUGAAGCGCGUCUUGCCAUUGCUAUCGCCCAGGAGGGCGGUAUCGGUAUCGUGCAUAAGAAUUUGACGGUGGAAGCUCAGGCGCGUGAAGUACGGGCGGUCAAGAAAUUUGAGUCGGGGAUCAUACGUGACCCCAUCACCAUCGAUCCGGAUGCCACCAUCCAGACGCUGUAUCAAACAACGCUGGAAAACGGAAUUUCCGGGGUGCCGGUGGUUAGAGGCAAUCAGUUGCUGGGAAUUGUAACCAGCCGUGAUUUACGCUUUGAGAAUCGUCAGAACGCUCACGUCGUAGAUGUGAUGACACCCAAAGAGCGUCUGAUUACCGCGCUGGAAGGCACCAGUUUUGCUGAAAUCACCAAACUGCUGCACGAUCACCGUAUCGAAAAAGUGCUGUUGGUUAAUGAAGCCUUUGAGUUAACCGGCAUGGUCACGGUAAAAGACAUCGCCAAAGCCCAGGCCUAUCCCAUGGCCUGUAAAGAUAGUCUUGGCGCCUUGCGCGUCGGCGCCAGUGUGGGCACCAGCGGAGAAACUGAUGAACGUGUUGCGGCGCUGGUCGAGGCGGGUGUGGAUAUUGUUGUUGUCGAUACGGCCCACGGUCACUCUAAAGGCGUGCUGGAUCGAAUCGCCUGGAUCAAACAGACUUAUCCUGAUUUACAGGUGAUCGGCGGCAACGUGGCGACCUAUGACGGUGCCAAAGCGUUGAUCGAUGCUGGAGUUGAUGCGGUUAAAGUGGGCAUUGGUCCGGGAUCCAUCUGUACCACCAGAAUAGUCUCAGGUAUUGGCGUACCACAAAUUACUGCAGUGGCAGAAGCGGCCCGUGCUGCUGAUGUGGAAGGCGUGCCGAUAAUUGCUGACGGUGGUAUUCGCUAUUCCGGCGACAUAGCCAAGGCCCUGGUUGCCGGCGCCAGUGGUGUGAUGGUCGGUAGUCUGCUGGCAGGCACGGAUGAAGCGCCGGGUGAAGUGGAGCUGUAUCAGGGUCGUACCUACAAAUCUUAUCGUGGCAUGGGCUCUCUGGGCGCAAUGUCACAAAGCAAUGGGUCCAGUGAUCGCUACUUCCAGGAAGUCGAGGGUGAUGGCCGCAAGCUGGUGCCGGAAGGUGUUGAAGGACGCGUGGCUUACCGCGGUCCGGUAGGACCUAUCGUGCAUCAGUUGAUGGGCGGUGUUCGUGCUGCCAUGGGUUACACCGGCAGUAAAGACAUAGAGACCAUGCGGACGACGCCGGAAUUUGUGCGCAUCAGCGGUGCCAGCAUGGCUGAAUCUCAUGUGCACGAUGUUGCGAUCACCAAAGAAGCGCCCAACUACCCGAGAAUCGAUUUUGGUUCGCAAUACACACAACUGAUUGCCCGGCGGAUCCGCGAGUGCGGCGUGUAUUGUGAAAUUUACAGUUACGACGUGGACGAAGCGUUUCUGCAGGAGUUCGCGCCCCAAGGCGUCAUUCUGUCUGGUGGCCCGGAAACCGUCACCGUUGGCGAAACACCACGGCUGGCCGAAGCUAUCCUUGACCUGGGAGUACCUGUGCUGGGGAUCUGUUAUGGCAUGCAGACUCUGGCGGAACAGCUUGGCGGACGUGUGCAGGCUUCAGCCAAGCGCGAGUUUGGCCAUGCCAAGAUUACCGCUGAACGGCCAAGCGCUCUGGUGGGCGCGUUAGGCGCGACACAGAUGAGUGGCGCGGAUGUGUGGAUGAGUCACGGUGAUAAAGUCAUUGAGGUACCGCCGGGCUUUGUUGUGACCGCAAGCACAUCCAGUGCCCCCAUUGCAGCCAUGGAAGACAGCGAACGGCAUAUUUACGGUGUGCAGUUCCACCCCGAGGUAACCCACACCGCUAACGGUAAUGCUCUGCUGUCCGUUUUUGCGCUGGAGAUCUGUGGUUGUAAAGGCGACUGGACUGCGGAGAACAUCAUUGAAGAUGCCAUAGCUCAGGUGCGCCAGCAGGUCGGUGAUGAUGAAGUUGUCCUUGGCCUUUCCGGUGGCGUAGAUUCCAGUGUAGUUGCUGCCUUGCUGGCGCGCGCCAUCGGCGAUCAAUUAACCUGCGUGUUUGUUGAUAAUGGUUUGUUGCGCCUGGAUGAGCGUGAUGAAGUGGAAAAGGCAUUUGGUAAAGAGAGUGGUAUAGGUAAUGCACUGCCGCUGAAAAUCAAAACCGUUGAUGCAACCCAGGAAUUUUACGCCAAGCUUGCUGGUCUGGAAGAUCCCGAAGACAAACGCAAAGCUAUUGGUAACACCUUUAUCGAUGUUUUUGAGCGCGAAGCCAAAGCGCUGCCCGCUGUGAAGUGGCUCGCACAGGGGACAAUCUAUCCGGAUGUGAUCGAGUCAGCAGCUUCAAAACAUGGCAACGCACACGUAAUUAAAUCUCACCACAAUGUCGGUGGGUUACCCGAGCGUAUGGCGUUAGGUCUGGUUGAACCAUUACGUGAACUGUUUAAAGACGAAGUCAGACAAAUCGGACUGGUGCUCGGAUUACCGAAAUCUCUGGUCUUCCGGCAUCCGUUCCCGGGGCCAGGCUUGGGCGUUCGGAUUCUGGGUGAGGUGAAGCCGCAGUACGCUGAUGUGCUGCGACGGGCGGAUGCUAUUUUUAUUGAAGAAUUGCGUGAGGCCAGUUUGUAUGACGCUGUUUCCCAGGCCUUUGCUGUCUACCUGCCGGUUAAGUCUGUCGGCGUAGUCGGCGAUGCACGACGCUAUGAGCAUGUGAUUGCGCUGCGGGCCGUUGAAACCAUAGAUUUUAUGACAGCGCGCAGCGCACGCUUGCCUUACGACUUUAUCGAACGUGUUGCCAAUCGGAUCAUUAACGAAAUCGCCGAGAUUUCUCGUGUGGUUUACGAUGUGUCAAGCAAGCCACCCGCAACCAUAGAGUGGGAGUGA